CGUGAGCCGCCAAUGGCGACUGGUAGUUGGUACCGCCAUCGCGAGUGCGCGAGCUUCUAUCAGAAAUUCGUUGCACCGCCCUUGAAGGCAAAAAUCGGUGAAAGCUAACGUACGAAACCAGUGGGCAGCACAAGAUGCGAUCGCACGAUCCUGCCCAAGCCGUCAGAUGGCAGAAACGUCGUUUAGCACGGACGAACUCCUUGAUACAUGUCAACUCCGAACGUUACCUACAUAUUCGAGGAAUCUUUUUUUCCCGUUGCAUUCGCUAGGUGAUAGAGAUGAAACUCAAGCCAUGGACACUCUAUGUUAUUCUUUAACAUGCUCAAAGCAUUUGAAAAUGACACAUUUCAGGAGCUUCUCUUGUUAUCAGGGAUCUCUGUUGUUAUAUACCACGUGCGCACUUUGCACGGUUUUGCUCAUGUUUACGCUACGAUACGCAAUAUUCAUGAAAUGGAACUAAAUUAAUUUCUUGACGAAAAAUUACAUAGGAGAGAAGUAAUCAUGAAUACUCAAUGGAAAACAUAUCUGUUGUGGUUUGCACAUGAACACGUUGAUUUUAGAGUUGCCGAGAUCGAUUCGAUUCUAGACAUGCUUAAUAUAAACUUGAGAGCACAAACGAAGCCUGAAGAUCAUCCAUACUGGAUAAUCGAGGUACCGUCGGAAAGUGUAGUUCAUGAAAUCGCUCGCAGAUCCGUGACGCUUCGUUUUUGUCUUGAAUUGUGGGCUGAUGGUCAGGGUUUUGAAGAAUUUCAUGACAACCUUAGGUUGUAUUCUGGAGAAAACAUUAAAGUUCACAUUAAUCCAGAUAAAUCGUUCAGAAUCACGGUUGAAACGUUUUGCAAACAUUUCACUCAACAGCAGAAAGUAGAAAAAAUAGAAAGUUUUAAUUAUCUACCAUUGGAUGGUCCUGUUAACUUGAAAAAUCCAGAUACAUCCUUGUUUUAUAUAGAAUAUUAUGGACUGGAUCCAAAUGCAAUUCCAGAGAAUCCCUGUGGACUGUUUUUUGGGAGAUGGAUCACAGAUGGUCAAAGGGAACUGAUUCAAAAAUUGUCACUCAAGACUCGGAAGUUCAUUGGUAAUACAAGUAUGGAUCCCCAACUGUCAUUAAUAAUGGCAAACCAGGCACAAGUUAAAGAAGGAGACAUGGUACUAGACCCAUUUGUUGGCACUGGAUCUCUUUUAGUCGCCGCGUCACAGUUUGGGGGCUAUACCCUUGGAACGGACAUAGAUUACUUAAUGCUGCACGGAAGAACCAGACCCAGUCGAAUAAAACAAAAGGCACGCAGUGAGGGUGAAUGCGUAGCCAUGAAUAUUAAUCAAUAUGGAAAAGGUUCCCACUAUAUAGAUGUAUUAGUUGCCGACUUCUCCUUACCACUGUGGAAAUCUGACAUGCGUGUAGAUUCAAUCAUCACUGAUCCGCCUUAUGGUAUAAGAGAAGCUACGGAACGUUUAGGAUCGAUAAAAAUAAAUCCUGUAAUAGAAGGACACCAGGUGGCCACACACAUCCCAUCUAAAGUAGAAUACGGUUUACCACAGUUAUACAGAGAUUUGCUAAGUUUUUCUGCAAAACAUCUUAAGAUCAAUGGCCGGUUGGUAUGUUGGUUUCCUGUAUUUAGGGAACAUUAUUCAGAGGACCAACUGCCUCAACAUUCAUGCUUAUCAUUAAUAGCCAAUUCGGAACAAGUACUCAGCAAUUACACCAGUCGCAGACUAUUGACUUAUAGAAAAUUAAGAGAACCCCAGGAUUCAGAUAAUACAUUCAUUAUGAAUGUAACCGACUUUCGAGAAAAAUAUUUUGGCUUAAGGGACGAGUCACGAAAAGAGAGACGAAUGAAGAGAGCAGAUGAGAGACUGAGGAAUAAAACUAUGUGGGAGUUGAGUAAAAAGGACACCGCGAGGUGACCAUACAUCCUUUUAAAUUGUAAACUUAUAAUUAUU